AUGCUUCCAAAGUUGUUUUUCAUUUCUAUACUUUUCUCCUUCAUUUUCAUUACACAUUCAUGUCUUCACCAUCAAAAAAUCUUGUUGCUUCAACUCAAGGAUGAGUUGAGCUUCGAUUCUUCUCGUUCAACAAAAUUGGUGCGAUGGAAUGAAAGUGAUGAGUGCUGCAAGUGGCCCGGUGUGGAAUGUGAUGCUGCUGGCUACGUCGUUAGUUUGCAGCUCGAUGAUGAGUCUAUUUCUGGUGGAAUCGCAGAUUCAUCGAGUCUCUUCAGACUUGUGCAUCUGCAGAAGCUGAAUCUAGCCUUCAAUAAUUUCAACAACAUUCCCAUUCCGAAAGGUAUUCACAAUCUCACCUAUUUGACACACUUGAAUUUAUCCAAUGCUCGAUUUGUUAGGCAGGUUCCAGCUGAAAUUUUUUCCUUGAGGAGGUUGGUUAGUCUCGAUAUCUCCUACAAUACAUAUCGGGGAUAUCUAAGUCUUGAGUACCCAAAUUUGGAGAUGCUUGUUCAAAAUCUAACAGAGCUUAGAGAGCUCUAUCUUGAUUUUGUCAUUGUUACUUCCUCUCAUGAGAGAAGAAAAUGGAGCCAUAUUAUAUCAUCAUAUUUACCCAACCUCACCACCUUGAGCUUGGUUGAUUGUGGUUUAUCUGGCCCUUUAGCUAAGUCCUUUUGGCAACUCCAUUCCCUUUCCAUCCUUCGACUAGAUCAUAACAAUCUUGGACCAGAACUUCCAGACUUGUUCGCCAAUUUUCCAAGUUUGACGACCUUGAGUCUUUAUGACUGCAGUUUGAAGGGUUCGAUUCCAUCCACCUUUGCUAACCUAACCAACCUGAUUCGUGUCGAUUUGUCAGGUAAUUCAUUCACAGGCUCACUUUCUUCUACGCUGUUUGAAGGUCUUUCCAAUCUUGUUUAUUUAAAUUUGUGGCAUAAUUCAUUCUCUGGUAAUAUUCCCCACUCUCUCUUUGCUCUCCCUUCAUUGCUGGAACUUGAUCUUAGCAACAAUCAGUUUAAUGGCACUUUGCAACUUGACAACUUUCCAAGUCUUGUCAAUCUUGAUCUAUCUCACAAUAGAUUGUCGUCAGUAGAUGUGGGCAACGUCAAUUCAACUUCAUAUGGAAGUCACCAACUAAAAGAGUUAAGAAUAGCUUCAUGUAACUUGUCCCAUUUUCCUAAUUUCAUCAAACAUUCUGAUGAUUUGAGAACACUAGACCUCUCAUACAAUCGGAUUGGUGGGGAGAUACCUAGUUGGAUUUGGGGAGCACAACUUGAGUAUUUGUACCUCUCUUAUAAUCUUCUAACAGAUGUGCAAAAGCCUUACCAUAUCCCUGCUUCUCUUGUAUACCUAAACUUGCAUUCUAACCAGCUCAAGGGCGAGCUUUACCUGCCCAUUCAACCUGCGUCUCAACUCUCGGAGUUGUUACUUGCUAAUAACAGUUUAAGUGGAUCGAUUCCGACAUCCUUUUGCAGUGCCACACAUCUCUCCCAACUUGAGUACUUGUCUGGCAAUAAAUUAAGUGGCGGCAUACCCCCUUGCCUACUUGAGCGAAACAUUGGAGUGAUCAAUUUGGGGCGAAACAACAUCAGUGGUAGCAUUCCAGAUAAUUUUCCUAAGGAUUGUAGCCUAUAUUAUUUGGAUCUUAACAAUAAUACUUUACAAGGGAAAAUCCCAAAGUCCCUUGAAAGCUGCGAGUUGUUACAGUUCUUGAAUCUGUCCUACAAUAAGCUUGUUGGAGAGAUCCCAAAUCGCGGUCGGUUACAAACAUUUUCAGCUGAUUCCUUCAAAGGAAAUCCACAGCUAUGUAGUCUCAAUCUCAACAUAAUCUGUAAUCGUAGUGAUGGCAAUGAUUCAUCACAUGAAAAUGCGGAUGAGGAGAAAGAGAUUGAGUGGGGAUACAUAUCUGCUGCACUUGGAUAUGCUCUGGGCUUAGGAAGCAUUUUCUGGCUACUUUUACUAAGCCAAACCUUCAGAGAGAAAUACUUCAAGAAAGUAGAUGAGAUUGCUGAAGAGAUAUUCGAUGCCAGAAUCAGAAGAAGAAGAAGACGACAUGCGAGAAGAGUAGCUAGGAAUCAAGUGAGAAGACAUUAG